GUUCGGUCCCAUCCUUGCUUUCCGCCAUGUCAUUGCAGCUUUGGGCAGUCUGCGCGGUCAUCCUGCUAGUCUUAGCCUUGUAUCGUCUGCGGCGCUGGCGUCCGACCGCCAUAUACCCGCCUGGACCCCCCUCAAAGCCUGUGAUUGGGAAUAUCCUCGACGUUUCUCCGAAGGCUGCUUGGAUUAAAUUCACAAAAUAUAAAGACAUCUAUGGCGAGUUUAACGGAUUGCUUUGGCUUAGUGUUGCUGACUAUCUGGCAGGCGAUCUCGUCUUCUUCCAUGGUCUGGGCAAUAAUUUGCUCGUUCUCAACUCUCUGAAGGUGGCCCAGGAUCUGCUCGAGACAAGAACAGACAUAUAUUCUGAUCGCCCUACGUUCACUGUCGCAGGUGAGCUUAUGGGCCUCGGGAAGAGCAUGCCCCUGCUCAACUACAACCAGGAGUGGAGAGCUCAGCGGAAGCUCGCUCAUCAUGCCUUGGGUCCGCGUGCUGUCAAACAGUACUAUGUAGUCCAGGAAGACCUCGCUGCGCUUUUCAGCAAACAGAUACUAGAGGAUCCGGAAGGCUUCUUUUCUCAUGUUCGACUGACAACAGCAAGGCUCAUUCUGUCCAUAACGUACGGACUGUCUGUGGAACAAGCGGAAGAUGAGUAUAUCACACAUGCGGAGGAUACGAUGCACGUGAUUGGUAAUGCGACCUUACCUGGUGCCUUCAUUUGCGACCUCAUUCCUAUCUUGAAGCAUUUGCCCUCCUGGGUUCCGUUCCAGAAGGAAGCCAAGGUCGGGAGGGAAAUGAUUGAGCGUCUGGCCGCCAGGCCCUUCGAGCACGUCAAGACGGAGAUGCGCGCUGGUACUGCUCCGGUGUCGUUGACGCGGGAUCUCUUGAGCUCCGAGAUACAGGGUAUUAAAGAUAAAGAGCAUAGCAUCAAGUGGAGUGUGAGCUCUUUGUAUGGCGCCGGCGGGGAGACUACAUACGCGACAGUGCUCACCUGCAUCAUGCUGAUGGCCAUGCACCCAGACAAGUUGAAGAAAGCCCAGGAUGAGAUCGAUCAUGCCAUUGGCAUUGAUCGUCUCCCACUUAUCAGCGAUCGUGAAAACCUCCCGUAUGUCGAGGCGUUGAUCAAGGAAGUCAUGCGAUGGCAUCCUGCGGUGCCACUGACUCGUCCAGGCGUACCUCACUGUACGGCCAAAGACGAUAUCUACGAAGGUUAUACCAUACCGAAGGGCACAAUUGUGAUACCAAACCUCUGGGCCAUCGCGAUGGAGCGUACCGACCAAUACGACCCGAGUACGUUCGUCCCGGAGCGGUUCCUCGAUAAGAAUAACGAUAGGCUCGUUGAUCCGGCGUCGUGGGUAUUUGGCAUUGGCAGGCGCGUGUGCCCGGGAAGAUAUCUAGCGAAGAGCUCGCUGUUCAUCCUUAUCUCGACCAUAUUGGCGAUGUUCGAUAUCCUACCCCCAGAAAACGAAAUACUCAGAGUCGAAUUUAGCAAGGGUAUCGUCAGCUAUCCCGAGCCGUUCAAGUGUCGUAUUACACCCCGGUCUGCGUCGAAGGCGUCUCGUAUCACGUGGCGUGCGGCCCAGUCGACCAUUUGA